CCCAACAUGACUUGACACAUUAUUAACUCUGUGUGUCAGAUGGAUUUAUAUUGACCUCAAGGAUUACGUGUUUUUUCAUUUUAAUUAAUGUAGGUUAAAAAAAGACUCAAAAUGAACGUGUUGCACUCUAUCUUUUGCGGAUAUGUCUUCGCUGCUGCCAUUAUAAUGGGACACUGUGUGUUACCAGCCAUUUCAGCCUCCUCAUCCCAGACUGGUGAGAGCCCGCGUGACAAUUUCAUAGGGUUUGACUCAGCACCUGACAAAGUGGCAGACGGCUCAGUGGUCCGUGUGCGGUAUCACUGCUCCAGGCCGUGUCGGCUGGCAGUAGAGGUGGCGGCGUCCACAUUAAGGAAGACAGAUUUAGUGGUCUUCAGGAGGAAAUGGAUCAGCAACACACCUCGAGUCUACAGGAUCCACAAGGUGCUGCUCAGAUUGCCUCCAUCCAUUUUAUAUCAACGCAGCUUUUUCAACAGGCGCGUUUUGGACGUCCAGAAUGUGACAGUUCGUGCUUGGUUAGACCAUCUUAACAAUGGCAGCGAACACGGGACAUAUCACAACUCCAUGAUGAGGAUUUAUAAAGUGCUGCAGAUGGAGCCGCUCUCAGGGCGUCCUGCUAAACCUCCCACUGAGUGCCCUUCAUGGUCGGCUCAGCUGAGGUGGCAGAUGACCCCAAACACAACUCAUCAAUGUCCACAUGAGUCCGAUGUAAUGGACAUGCUGACGUUCCCCCUGGCAAGUCCUGGCGAGCGCUUUGGGGUGGUCCGCAGGUUCCAGCCUUUUAAGAACAGACCCCUGGAGAGCGCCCGUCGUCACGCUGUGACACAGCCCAGCGUCACCUUAUCUGUGUGGAUCUACCUCCUGAAAUGGUGUCAAGAGAAGCUCUGCGGGAUCAUCCAUCACGUCGACAGGAAAAAUGUGUACGACUCGGUUCUGAUGCAGCUUACAGACACAGGGAACAUCGUAAUUCAAGCACGCGUGACGACGGGAAAAGAUGAAGCUUUCCGAGCCGGCGUGGUAUUGCCCCACUGGAAAUGGAUUAGAUUAGACUGCUACAUACAGGACUCAAAGGUGCUGCUGGAUGCAACGUGGGAUGAUAAAACCCGCAGAUACCAAUAUAAAUUUCAGAACAGUAUCCAUUAUGAUGACACUGAUGGAUACUUUGUAAUUGGAGGAAGCAGAUACUUGACAGGCAUCCAUGGAUAUUUUGGACCUAUGAAAUACUAUCGUCUAGGAACUGAGAUGGUGAAAAAUCAACUUCCCCCAGAGUCAACAUUACAGGAGCUGGAUAAAACUCAUCAGGAGUGUCGGGAAAUGAAAGCACUUACAAGAGCUUUUCUCCAAGAAAUAACUAAGAGUCAUGUCCCCUCACCAGUCAACACAGGUGCCUGUACCCCUUACUUCAUACAACUGUGGGGUCAGCCUGGGUGGAAAAUCUGCACGCAAACAUGGACCUGGGAAAAACAACUUAAAUACAGCACACUUUUUCAUUUCCUGCAAACUAAAGAGGAGGAAAUCAGAACAGGCUUUUUGGCCAAGAAGGACCUCAGGAAUGCUUUGUUUGAGCAGGAAGUUGGUAAAAUUUUCACUGUGGAUCAGGCACAAACUAAAAUCACAUUCAGAUCAACACCUCUACUCAGAGUUUCCUCCUGCUUUGGAAAUCACAAAGCGUCUCUGUUGUUGGCCACUAUCCACCUCUCUGGCCCGGGGCACUCAUUCGAUAAACAACAGGGCCAUGUCUAUGGUUUGAUUGGCGCAUCGGGCGAUAACCGCUUUGCCCUGAUGCAUGCUGGGUACAAGCACACACAAGGAAUUGAUGAGUUUCCAAAGGACCUGGACAUGGCUUACAGCUAUUAUUCCAACGCUGGGGCACAGAGCAGCAUGGAUAGCUACAGGACACAUGUAAAUGAGCACCACACACUUGAACACAUCUAUCUAAGCAAUCAGGAGGAUCUAAAAAGCCUCAAACAUGAUCGAAGUGACGUGUUUCAUUAUCUGAAAUACAAGGCAAAGAGUGGAGACCUAGAAUCUCAGAAACGCCUGGGGACAAUGCUUUACUGGGGACAUCAUGGAAUCUCAAAAGACAUCACAAGCGCAGCGAAGUGGCUUGAAAGAAGCGCUAUGCAGAUGAAGGAUCCUUCAGCGAUGUACGACUACUCCGUCCUCCUAAUGAAGGGCCAAGGAGUGAAAAGAAACUACACCCGCGGUUUUAAGCUGAUGAAGAAAGCUGCAGCGAUGGGCUCAAUUAAUGCCCUGAAUGGUUUAGGCUGGUACCAUGGGAUUAUAUUGAACGACCACAAGAAUGCAGUGAAGUACUUCGAGCAGGCGGCGCACAAUGGGAGUGAUGAAGCCAUGUUUAACCUAGGGAUUUAUCAUCUCAAAGGGAUUAACCCGCACCGCCCAUGGAGGAAUGAGACUGCUGCAUUUCUGCUGUUUCUGAAUGCAUCUCAGCUCGGUCAUGUCUCUGCAUCUGUGGAGGCAGCUUGGUACCUUUCGACAGGAAGCCUGGAGGGGGUGUCUCAGGAUGUGGAGAGGGCUGUGAUAAUGCUAAAAAAGGUCUGCGAACAAAACGGACACCUUGGAUUUAUGGUCAGAGACGCUCUCCAGGCCUACCUCCAGGGCUCUUGGCGGGGAGCAUUUGUGAAGUAUGUUUUGGCAGCUGAAACCGGUCUGGGUUUGGCCCAGAGCAAUGCUGCACACCUGUGUGAGAAACUGAAUCUCGGCUAUGAUUGUCAGUGGAGAUAUCAUAACUACUCUAUAUUAAAUUAUGAUCCCCAUCCAUCCGCUCUGCUCAGAAUGGGAGACCACUACCUCCGAUCCUCCGGCAGGCGAGAGGACUCAUUAUCUGUGGUUGGUCAGGCCACAUCGAUGUAUGGCAGAGCAGCUCGAGCAGGAAGCCCUCAGGGAAUGUACAACUUGGUCGUCUUGGCAGAAAAAGGAUAUGUUCUGCCAUUGAGCGUCUACGGCUUGUUUAAUGUGUCACGUUAUGAUGAGAAGGACGUCGUGGUGGAGAAGAUCUUAAAAAGAUGUGUGGAGACGGAGAAGAAAGAGGCAGUGACGCCCUGUUCUUUAGCUCUGCUCAGAGUCCAGAUGGGAAAAGCCUUGAGGAGAGUGACUCAGAACGGUGCACAGCUCCUCUUGGCAUAUGCAUCUCUUCUUUCUGUGGCUGUCAUUAUUGUCACUGUGCCACUGCAGAGCUGUCUUGAACAAAGGCACAGAGUGUUUGCACAGAGAGCAAGGACAUCUACCAGCCAAGAUGGCGUCAACUUGAAUAGAGAGCAAGAUGGCAUCAUGGGAAGAACCUAUGGCGCAGUGGGAAAUCUAUGGCUUACCAUCCUGAAUGGCGAGCAGCGUCUCCGGCAGUGCUGCGAUUGGGCUGUGACUCUGUCGGGCGUGUGCCUGUGUGCUUUCUGGACCACACUGCUCUAUCAUCUCUCAUGACAUACAAUACCCAGCGCAGUGAUCCAAUAGCCACAGAAAAAGCCCCAGACACUACAGAUUGUGAGAGCAUACAUUUAGGGGAUGAGUUAGAGCGCUAUUCAUGUGACACAUUUGUGUUUCGUGUGAUUCAUGUGGAGUUACGGGACAGGAAGAAGAGAAGUGCUGAUCAGCGUGCUGCUUUAUCAGAGUGGUGAUAAUGUUUCCUCAGUAACCAUUUGUUAAUUGUUUUGUUUGCAGAAAAUAAAAUACUGAUCGUGCA